GAAAUUAAAAAAGUGAAGAUGUAAAAAAGAAAGAAGAAGGCAAUGAAGAAGAACAGCAACCCUCCUUUUUUUUUUUUUGUGAGAGAGAGAGAGAGAGAGAUUUUCAGUGAGUUCUUCCUUCUUCUUCUUCUUCCUCAAUUCUUCCCCUAAUUUUAUUCUCUCUCUCUCUCUCUUUUUUUCUCAAUAACCAAAACAAAAAGAAAAAAGAACAAAGAAAAUCCAAUCAAUUCUCUUACAACUUUGUCUCUUUUUCCUCUACACUCUUCCCAAUCCAGCAGGUGUGGGAUUAUAAGUUAAUAUUAUUGUUAUGUGAAGUUUUUGAAUCCGAUGAAGAAGAAGAACAAUAAUUUUAGAAGAAGAAGAAUUAUUAUUGUUGUUGUUAUUAUGUGAUAUGGGAAUCGCAAAAGGUCCAUUAAUUUUGUCCAAUAAGGCAACUAGUUGUGCCAAUUCUUCUAUGUCCCACGAUUAUCAUCAUCAAGGAAUCUUCACCUUCUCUAAUGCCACCUUUGACAAAUCCAAUCCCUCCUCCCUCCCCGCCCAACACAUCCGCCCUGACAAGCUCCGUCUUGAAUCUUUCUCCGACUCCAUCCCCCCGCCACCAUCCCACCUCGUCGGAAUAGACGAACACCAUCACCAACAACAACUUCAUCAUGUCUAUGCCUCCCCAUCUAGUGGGGGGACCAUGUUAUCCGACAUGUUCAAUUUCCCUCCCACUACUCCCUCCGCCGCGGCUACUACGGUCGACUUCUCCGACAAUUUCCGAACUUUACGCCCCCCCAACUCGGCCUCGGCCAUGCAACUUUUCUUGAUGAACCCUCCUCCACCACCACAAGCGCAACCACGAUCCCCUUCGCCACCCUCGACUUCCUCCACUCUCCACAUGCUCCUCCCGAACCCACCUGCGAACCCUCUCCAGGGUUUCGAAGGUGGGGUUGGCGUCGGAGACCAAACGACGGCUUUUGGGCAAUUCGCUGUCGUCGAAAGUCAAGGUCUUUCACUCUCACUUCACUCCUCUUCCUUACAACACUUGGAGGACGGUGCUGUUGCGAAAGCGGAUGAAUUACGAAUUAGGGAUGGUGGGAUUUUGUAUAAUUAUAACAACAACAAUCAAGUCCAUGGUGAUGGAGGAAGUGGAUCAACAUCCUCAAUUUUGCAAUAUUCUUUUAGGAAUAAUGAGAAUUCUCCUCAUAGCUUUCAAGCUAAUUCACAAAUAAUGAAUAAUCCCAAUAACCAUCAAGUUCAAAUUGGAUUUGGGUCAUCUUUAGGAGUUGUCAAUGUGUUGAGGAAUUCAAAAUAUGUCAAACCUGCACAAGAAUUGCUUGAGGAGUUUUGCAGUGUUGGGAAAGUUCAAUUGAAGAAAAACAAGUUCAAUAUUAAACCAAACCCCAAUACUGAAUCCGCUACCACCGCCACUACUUCCGCCGCCGCUACCGGUGGCUCGACAUCAAAAGAUCAACCUCCCUUAUCGGCUGCUGACAGAAUUGAACAUCAACGGAGAAAGGUCAAACUAUUGUCCAUGCUUGAUGAGGUGGAACGCAGAUAUAACUUAUAUCGAGAGCAAAUGCAAAUGGUGGUCAACUCGUUCGACCUAGUGAUGGGGUUCGGGGCAGCAGCGCCGUACACGACGUUGACACAGAAGGCAAUGUCGAGGCACUUUCGGUGCUUGAAAGACGCAAUAGCGGAGCAGUUAAAGCAGAGCUACGAGGCGUUGGGGGAGAAAGGAGGGAACGGAGGGUCUGGAAUAACGAAAGGAGAGACACCAAGAUUGAAACUUCUUGAACAAAGCCUUAGGCAACAAAGGGCUUUCCAUCAAAUGGGGAUGAUGGAACAAGAAGCUUGGAGACCACAGCGUGGUCUUCCUGAACGAUCUGUCAACAUUCUCAGAGCUUGGCUUUUCGAGCAUUUUCUUCAUCCGUACCCCAGCGACGCAGACAAGCUUCUGUUAGCUCGACAGACUGGUUUGUCCAGAAAUCAGGUUUCAAAUUGGUUCAUUAAUGCAAGAGUUCGGUUGUGGAAACCUAUGGUGGAAGAAAUGUACCAACUUGAAGGCAAAGUCGAUACAGAUCAACAAUCACAGGAGGAUACCCCACAAAAUAACAACAACAACAACAACAAUAAUAAUAAAACACAAAACAAUGCCAUUACAAAUCCACAAAAUCCAACCACCGCAGCCGUGGAAGAAGUAGCAGCGGAGUUCGCGGCGGGGCAUGACUACUCCGAUUUGCAUGAUGUGUGGCGACACGGAAGUAGUGGAUCAGAUCAUCAUCAACAACAUUAUGGGACCAUGUCUGAGGAUGUUACUGCGGCGGCUGACAUGAAUCCUGGACCAACACUUAUACGAUUUGGGACCACGAACACGGCCACCGGUGACGUGUCCCUCACGUUAGGCCUCCGCCAUGCCGGAAACACCUCCGCCGCCGCUGCCGUGGAUAAUCCUUCUUUCUCUCUACGUGACUUUGGUCAGUCUUAAGGAAGAAAUUAAUUAUUAUUAUUAUUAAAACUUUCCCACAUUAUAAAAUCAACCCUUUUUUCUUUUUGGUUUUUAUAGAAAAUUAAUUAAUGUAUCAUGGUUGAAUGAUCUCAAUGUACGUAUGUAGCUGCAUUUUGUGUAAUUAGGGCUUUCCAAUUUGUGGGGUUGAUUAAAUUAUUGUUAAUUGUAUAGUAGGGUUUUCUUUUUUC